CCUGUGACGCAGCUACAUUUGUUAGGUUACCUCCUGGCGAUUUGUCGAAGAAGUUCGCUCAUUCAUUCUCUUCCAGUUCCGCGGGUUCUGAAAGACUUCAGGAUUCUUAACCAGAUAUCUCGUUUCCUUUCACAAACCGAAUAAAACUGAACAUGGAACAGAACACACAAGUGAACCCAGAUAAUCCUCCACCCUACACACCACAGGCUCCUGUUACGGCUCAACCAGCCUACCAACCUCAACUCAGUGGUACUGCUCAGCCCGGUUACCCAGCACAGUCAGGUUACCCAGGACAGCCUGGUUACCCAGCACAGCCUGGCUUCCCAGCACAGCCUGGUUACCCAGCACAGCCUGGGCAGCAGCCUCAGCCUGGGUAUUCUCCUCAAUAUGGUUACCCGCAAACGCAGCAACCAGGCUAUCCUCCACAGCCCACCCAACAUGUCCAACAAAGUACCACAGUGGUCAACAUGCAAGCACCUGCUCCGACGAUCAUCAUGCCUAUGGCUUUUCCUCCUCCCAAUUGGUUGGCCCUGUCCAUAUUCACAUGCCUUUUUUGCUUCCCAAUUCUUGGAAUAGCUGCAAUCAUUUUCUCCAUUAUGGUGGACAGUUCAUAUGCAGCAAGAGACUACGACGGCGCUUGGAGGAAUUCACAAAUCGCCAAGUGGCUGAAUAUUAUCUCUAUCGCCAUGGGAUGCUUCAUGUUCGUGCUUGUUAUAAUCUUAAUAGCGGCUUAGUAAAAAAUUAAACCAAACAAACAAACAAAACCAUCAAUCUCCCGCUUUUUAUCAGUGCAAUUAGAGUGAGCUUUCUCGAGUACUUUUGCGUCAAUAUUUAGUCAACCAAAACGCUGCUUCUGUAAGUUAAAACAUUAAAACGAGUUUUACACACCCA